UCCAUUCGAGGACAAACUCGCCAGUCGUUGAGAGAGGACACAAGUGCAAAAUGAUUCGAUUAUUUUUCUUCGUUACGUUGUUUAUUUUGGUAACAAAAGCUGAUGUCUUUGUACAAGCGCCAAACAGGGGAGCAACUCUGAAACCCAUAUCAGUCUGCUGUGAUAUACCUGAAAUAGGAGAUCCAAAACAUUUAGCUGAAUGCUCAAAUCCAAGGCCGAUUGGACCAUGCAACGAUGUACAAUGCAUCUUCGAGAAAUCAGGUUUUCUUGUCGACAAAAAUACUUUGAAUAAGGAAUCAUAUAAGAAACAUCUUUUAAAAUGGCUUGAAGACAACAAGGGGUGGACAGGAGCGAUAGAAAAAGUUAUUAACGAUUGCAUAGAGAAAGAUCUUCGGCAGUAUCUCGAUUAUCCGUGCAAAGCUUACGAUGUGUUCGCGUGUACUGGAAUUGCAAUGUUAAAGAAAUGUCCCAAUGAAUUCUGGAAAUGUUGAUUCUUUGUUAAGAUAUUUGUGUAAAUUGCUAUUAAAAUGUAUUAUUUAA